GUUAUAUAUAUGGAUUUUAAGAAUAAGAAUUGAAAGAUGUAUGAAAAAUAAUAUUUAAUUUGUACACUAAUAAUCAAAAAUAAAAUGGUUAUUUUUAAAAAGACAAUGGCACUCGCAAAAUACGGGUUUGUGUAUUGUAAAAGACGUUUAAAAUGGGAAUUUCGUGGUUUAUCUAAUAUAAGUUAUCAAGUUAAGGACCGUGAAGGAACUAAAAUAGAUACUAAGGAAAUAAUAAAUUCAGAAGUUUGGAACCGGCGAGUCGUUUCGGGAUUGCAGCCGACGGGAGCUUUACAUGUCGGAAAUUACUUCGGCGCUGUGCGUCGCUGUGUUCGUCUGCAGGAUCAAGGAGAUGACCUCAUGUUAUUCAUUGCUGAUCUUCAUGCGCACACGACUCCACAGGAUCCUGGUAAAGUUCAAGAAAACUCGCUAGAACUCACUGCACUCUUGCUGGCUAGUGGUGUGGAUCCUGAAAGAACUGUUCUAUUUGCACAGUCGGCUGUGCCUCGGCAUGCAGAGCUCUGUUGGCUGCUGGCAUGUCUUGCUACACAUGCUCGUCUUGCUCACUUACCACAGUUUAAAGAGAAAUCUGCUAAUAUGAAAGAAGUUCCAAUUGGCUUGUUGCUCUAUCCUGUUCUUCAGGCAGCAGAUGUGUUGGUUUAUCGUGGUACUCAUGUGCCUGUGGGGGCGGAUCAGGUACAGCAUCUACAGGUGGCCUCACAGCUUGUGCGUACCUUCCACCACCGUUUUGGGAAACUUUUCCCCACACCACGUCCCAUCCUUCCAGAUGAUGGAAGUGAUCGGGUCAGAAGUCUGCGUGAUCCAAUCAAGAAAAUGUCAAAAUCUGAUUCAGACCCAAAGUCUAGAAUAUUACUAAGUGAUUCUGAUGAAGUUAUUAAAUUAAAAAUAAGGAAAGCUGUCACAGACUUCACACCACAGGUAACAUUCGACCCCGAUACGCGACCGGGUGUCUCUAACCUCGUGACGCUGCAUUGCCUUGCCUCCGACAAGUUGAUCGAGGAGGCAGUGGAGGAGGCAGACGGUCUUACUACUGCCCAGUACAAGAGAGUGGUUGGUGACGCGCUGUGCGAGGCGUUGGCGCCGAUCCGGGAGCGCGCCCGGCAGUUGCGUGCGCGGCCUGACUUGUUACGUGACGUAUUGCGGCACGGCGCGGCACGAGCUCGCGUGCGCGCCGACGUUGUGUAUGCUGAUGUCGCCGACAGAUUAGGCCUGACAACCAUCGCUUCCGAACCUCGUGUUCACACUCACGCUUUACGCCUCGCGUGA